GCGAAGGAAAGACGCGGGGGAAAAAAAGGGGAAAAAAAUAUAUAUAAAAGAAGCGAGCUGCUUUUCUUCCGAACUGCAGGAAAAGGCUUUUUUUCACGAGCGGCUCCCUCUCCCUCAGCCGGCUGCGAUGCUGCUAGCCACCGUGUUGCCCUGGACGUUGGUUUUGCUUGGAGCCGCAGCCUCUCUACAAGUAGACAUUGUUCCAAGCCAGGGGGAGAUCAGCGUUGGAGAAUCUAAGUUCUUCUUAUGUCAAGUGGCAGGGGAGGCCAAAUACAAAGACAUUUCCUGGUUUUCCCCUAAUGGUGAGAAGCUGACGCCGAACCAACAGCGCAUCUCAGUGGUGCGAAAUGACGACUUCUCCUCCACCCUCACCAUCUACAAUGCCAACAUUGAUGAUGCUGGCAUCUAUAAAUGUGUUGUCAGUAGCGUGGAGGAGGGAGACUCCGAGGCCACCGUCAAUGUGAAAAUUUUCCAAAAGCUGAUGUUCAAGAAUGCUCCCACUCCUCAGGAAUUCAAGGAAGGUGAUGAUGCUGUGAUUGUGUGUGAUGUGGUCAGCUCACUGCCUCCUACCAUCAUCUGGAAGCACAAAGGCAGGGAUGUUAUCCUAAAAAAAGAUGUUCGAUUUAUAGUCCUGUCCAACAACUACCUACAGAUCCGGGGAAUCAAGAAAACAGAUGAAGGGACAUACCGCUGUGAGGGCCGGAUCUUGGCUCGUGGGGAGAUCAACUUCAAAGAUAUUCAGGUCAUCGUAAAUGUACCUCCUUCUGUGCGUGCCAGGCAGAGCACUAUGAAUGCCACUGCCAACCUCAGCCAGUCUGUCACCUUGGCAUGUGAUGCUGAUGGCUUUCCUGAGCCAACCAUGACGUGGACAAAGGAUGGAGAGCCAAUAGAAGAGGCCGAUGAUGAAGAGAAAUACAGUUUUAACUACGAUGGGUCCGAGCUCAUCAUCAAGAAGGUGGAUAAGAGUGACGAAGCAGAAUACAUCUGUAUCGCUGAGAACAAGGCUGGCGAGCAGGAUGCCACCAUUCAUCUCAAAGUCUUUGCAAAACCCAAAAUCACCUAUGUGGAGAAUAAAACAGCCAUGGAGCUGGAGGAUCAGAUUACACUGACCUGUGAGGCAUCUGGGGACCCAAUCCCUUCCAUCACUUGGAGAACUUCUACCCGGAACAUCAGCAAUGAAGAGAAGACCCUGGAUGGGCGCAUCGUAGUACGUAGCCAUGCCCGGGUGUCAUCCCUGACUCUCAAAGAAAUUCAGUACACAGAUGCCGGAGAAUAUGUAUGCACAGCCAGCAACACCAUUGGGCAGGACUCCCAAGCCAUGUACCUUGAAGUGCAGUAUGCCCCCAAGCUUCAGGGCCCUGUGGCUGUCUAUACCUGGGAAGGGAAUCAAGUGAACAUCACUUGUGAGGUAUUUGCUUACCCCAGUGCUGUCAUCUCCUGGUUCCGGGAUGGACAGCUGCUUCCCAGCUCAAACUACAGCAACAUCAAGAUCUACAACACUCCAUCAGCAAGCUACCUGGAGGUGACACCAGACUCUGAAAAUGACUUUGGGAACUAUAACUGCACUGCUGUGAACCGCAUUGGCCAGGAGUCCUCAGAGUUCAUUCUUGUGCAGGCAGAUACUCCGUCCUCUCCUUCCAUUGACAGAGUGGAGCCCUAUUCCAGUACCGCCCAGGUGGAGUUUGAUGAGCCUGAAGCUACCGGCGGGGUGCCCAUCCUCAAAUACAAAGCAGAAUGGAGGGCACUGGGCGAGGGAGAAUGGCAUUCGAGGUUGUACGAUGCAAAAGAAGCAAAUGUGGAGGGCAUGAUCACUAUCACUGGCCUGAAACCUGAAACAACCUACUCUGUGAGACUGUCGGCGGUAAAUGGCAAGGGCGUGGGUGAGAUUAGCCUGCCAUCCGACUUCAAGACACAACCAGUUCGGGAACCCAGCGCACCCAAACUGGAAGGUCAGAUGGGAGAAGAUGGAAACUCCAUUAAAGUGAAUGUUAUCAAGCAGGAUGAUGGUGGCUCCCCAAUUAGACAUUAUCUGAUCAAAUACAAAGCUCAUUCCUCAGAAUGGAAACCAGAGAUCAGACUUCCAUCUGGCAGUGACCACGUCAUGCUCAAGUCCUUGGACUGGAAUGCGGAGUAUGAGGUUUAUGUGAUAGCUGAAAACCAGCAAGGGAAGUCUAAACCAGCUCACUAUGCUUUCCGAACUUCUGCUCAGCCUACUGUCAUCCCAGCCAGCACUAGCCCUACCUCAGGCCUUGGGACUGCUGCCAUUGUAGGCAUUCUCAUUGUUAUCUUUGUGCUGCUCCUGGUGGCUGUGGAUGUGACCUGCUACUUCCUGAACAAGUGUGGCCUGCUGAUGUGCAUUGCAGUCAACUUAUGCGGCAAAUCCGGCCCGGGAGCCAAGGGCAAAGACAUGGAGGAGGGCAAAGCCGCCUUCUCGAAAGAUGAGUCCAAGGAGCCUAUUGUGGAGGUGCGGACUGAAGAGGAGCGGACCCCCAACCACGAUGGGGGAAAACACACAGAGCCCAAUGAGACCACGCCGCUGACGGAGCCAGAGCACCCCACCGAUACUGCAGCUACUGUUGAGGACAUGCUGCCUUCUGUAACUACGGGCACCACUAACUCUGACACUAUCACUGAAACCUUUGCCACUGCUCAGAACAGCCCCACCAGCGAGACCACUACGCUGACCUCCAGUAUUGCCCUGCCAGCCACGGCCAUUCCUGACUCAAACUCCAUGUCGCCUGGCCAGGCUACUCCAGCCAAAGGGGCAACCACCUCAGUCUCUUCACCACCACCACCCUCCUCCACCCCCAGAGUGGCCCCCCUUGUUGAUCUCAGCGAUACCCCAAGCUCUACUCCAGCUACUACUAAUUUGUCUUCAAGUGUCCUGUCCAACCAAGGUGCAGUGCUCAGCCCCAGCGCUGUUGCCACCGUGGCCGAGACCUCCAAAGUGGCAGCUGGUAACAAGCCAGCUGCCCCAAGCCCUGCAAACCUCACUAGCCCUCCAGCUCCAUCAGAGCCCAAGCAGGAGGUCUCAAGCACCAAGAGUCCUGAAAAGGAAGCUGUGCAGCCCAGUAUAGUGAAGAGCCUAACAGAGACAACCAAGAACCCAAGCAAUAUGAAGAGCGAGGCUGCUUCAGGCAGCACCACAAACCCCUCCCAGAAUGAGGACUUUAAAAUGGACGAAGGGACCUUCAAGACACCAGACAUUGAUCUUGCAAAGGAUGUUUUUGCAGCUCUUGGCACUACUACUCCUGCCAGUGUGACUAGCGGGCAAGCUCGUGAGCUUGCUUCUUCCACUGCAGACAGCUCUGUACCUGCUGCACCUGCAAAGACCGAGAAAAUCCCAGUAGAAGACAAAUCUGAAGUGCAAGCAACGGAAACUAAGACACCUCCAGCAGAAGUCAAGACGGUCCCCAAUGAAGCCACACAAACAAAUGAAAAUGAGAGCAAAGCAUGAUCAGCGACAGAUGAAAGCAAAUGACAGAACAACUUCACCCAAGCAUUUAAAACACAA